AUGAAGGCGAAUCAACACGCGCUGACCGUGAUCAUUCUGUUCUGCUUGGUGACCACCUCACGAGCUGACACCUUGUCAACUGUCACCGCGGCGGAUGAGUACGGGAAUGCCUGCCAGCCCGUCAACGACUCCACCUUCUCAUAUGCGAGCUUCUGCGGCGCGAACUGCUAUGGCGGCGCCGCUCGCAUGCGCACCCUGAUAGAGCGCGAGGGUGCGCGAUACGACCAUGUCUUCCUUGUCGACUCCGGGGCCAGCCUGGCAUUCUCGCUCCCCUUCUACCUCUACGGCUCGCCGCUCAUCGCCGACUACUUUGGCCUCCUCGGCUACGAUGCGGUCGCCUGGCAGGUGGCUGACCUGCAAAGUCGGCUUGACCCGGGAGCAUUCAUGCUGCGGGCCCGCGACAACAACUCGUCCAUGCAGUUCGUCUGCAGCAACAUCCAAGGCUUCGACGCGCCUGCGGGGACCGCCCUCUCUCGCUAUGCCAUCAAGACCUUCGCCAACACCGGCCACAAGGUGGGCUACAUCUCGACGCUCGCCGCCAACCUCGCCUCGAUGAUCCGCGCGCCCAACGUCAGCGCCACCGACGAGGCCCAGGCGCUGCGCGAAGGCCUGGCCGCGCUGGUCAACAAGGGGGUCGACAAGGUCGUGGCCACUGUCAGCAGCAACGCCACAGCUGAGCUGGUGCUCACCUCCGUGCCGGGCAUCGACAUCCUCAUCGUGCCCGGUCAGCUCCAAUCCAACACCAACGGCUCCGGGUUCCUGGCCAGCCGAGUCGGGCCCUACCCGAUGGUCUACGACACGGACUGGGGGCAGCCCGUCCUCGUCGUGUCCUCGGGCACGUUCGGGCGCCUCGUGGGCGUGCUCAACGUCGAGUUCGACGACCAUGGGGUCAUCACGGCGUGGAUGGGCGACUCCGUGCUCAUGGACGACUCGGUGCCGGCCGACCCUGCCCUGCACGCUGAGCUGCUCGCGUUGGACCAGUCUGUCCAGGCCAGGUUCCAGCAAGUGGUCGGGUGGACUGCCGUCAACUUGUCUUUCGACAAUCAGUGCAUCCACGGCGAGUGCGGCAUCGGUGACUGGCUGAGCGACUCCUAUCGCGACUUCGCCAGCGGCUCCCUGGGUUUUCGCGUGCAGCUCGGCCUGGCCAACGGGGGCGCCGUGCGGGGCGGUAUUAAGGCCGGACCCGUGACUCUGGGCCAGCUGCACCAGACCAUCCCGUUCGGCUCGAAUGAGGUAUUCGUCAUCCGCAUCCUUGGCCUCUACGUGCUCGACGCGCUCGAGAACGGCCUCUCGCUGGCCACCGACGCCACCACCGAGCUCAUGAGCGGCGCCGGGCGCUUCCUGUUCCCCUCGGGUCUCCGCUUCUCGUGGAAUCCGACUGAGGCACCGGGCCUGCGGGUGGUCGACGCCUACGUCGAGGCGCGGCAGGGCGUGUGGCAGUUGCUCCUGCCCAACGAGAGCUAUACGCUGGCCAUUGACCGGUGGCUGGCCGAUGGCGGGGACGGCUUCACGAUGAUCCCGGAGUACAGCACCGAACGCUACUCCACGGGCGGCAACGUGAACGCGAUGCUCUUCCAGGCGCUCUCCCGCAACGUGACCGGCCUGCAGACCGGGCGCAUCACCACGACCACCGCGGCGUCGCGCCGCACCUGCCUCACAGCCCACGGCUCGAUCUGCAGCGGCAACGGGUACUGCCACACGGGCGUGUGUCAUUGCACAGUCGGCGGAGCAUCGGGUCGGCUGUGUACGAUAAGCCCAGCCCAGGCCAGUUCCUCGGCAGACCAGGCCAUCGCCAUCGCUCUGGGCGCCGCGCUGCCGCUGUUGUUCGUCGUCGUCGUGCUGGUGGCUGCCGUGGUGUGCGCCCUGCUCGUGCGGGCCAAGAAGCGGGAGAGCGACAGUUGUUGGGAGAUCGACACGUCGGAGCUGGACAUGGGCCCGCAGCUGGGCGCCGGCGGCUUCGGCCAGGUCUACCAGGCCGUGUGGAAGGGCACAGACGUCGCGGUCAAGGUCGUGCCGGUGGGCGAGGGCCAGCAGCAGGCCAAGGCCGUGUGCCAGACCUUCAAGCACGAGGUGCGGGUGAUGCGGGAGCUCAGACAUCCCAACGUGGUGCUGUUCAUGGCGGCGUGCACCAAGCCCCCGAGGCUGUGCAUCGUCAUGGAGCUCAUGGAGCUCGGCUCGCUCUACGACCUGCUUCACAACGAGCUGGUACCAGCUAUUCCGCUGCAUUUCUGUCUCAAGGCAGCCUUUCACGCUGCGCGGGGCAUGCACUUCCUGCACUCGUCCGGCAUCGUGCAUCGCGAUCUCAAGUCGCUCAACCUGCUGCUCGACUCCAAGUGGAACCUCAAGGUCAGCGACUUUGGAUUGACCCGGUUAUGCACCGACCUGAAGUUGGCCGCCGGCUUCAAGGCCCACGGCACCAUCCACUGGGCCGCGCCCGAGGUCGUGAAGGAGUCACCGAACAUAGACUACAGCCUGGCCGACGUGUACGCGUUUGGGGUGGUCCUGUGGGAGCUUCUCACGCGAGAGACGCCCUACGGUGGGAUGAGCCUGGCUGCCAUCGCCGUCGGGGUGCUGCGCGAUGACCUCAGGCCCGCCCCGCUCGAGGAGAGCCCGACCGCGCAGAGGUUCGAGCCGCUGGAGGCCAUCAUGGUUGAGUGCUGGGACCGGGACCCAGCCAUGCGCCCCUCGUUCCACGAGGUCAUGACCCGCAUCGCGGCCAUCAGCCCCAAGACCGACGACGCCGCAGUGCCAUUGCAGCGACCCAGCAGCAGCAGCAGCAGCAGCGAACCCUCGCUGUCCUCCAGCCGUUCGUGGGGCCUCGACUCCCUCGCAGCGCCGCCCACCGACGUCGACGUCACGGUAGCGUUCAGUGAUGUGGCCGACGCCGCCGGCCCCUGGGAGUCGAAUCCGCGGGACAUGCGCGGAGCCAUGGAACACCACAACCAGCUCCUGCGCAAGCUGCUGGCGACCCACCACGGCUACGAGUCCAGGUUCAUGCAGCAGCAGCGUCUGGACAAUGGUGAGGGCUACUUCUGCAUGCCGGCACAUGGCCAUGCGACGGCUCGCGUGCGGUUCGGCGUCCACAAGGGCAGCGCCACCCGCCACAGGGACCCUGUGUCCGGUCGUCGGGGGUACGAUGGAGCGGUUGUCGAUGUGGCCAUGGAGCUCGCACAGCACGCCGAGGGCGGCCAGGUGCUCGUGUCCGACUCCGUCGUAGCCGCCAUCGUCGCCCAGCACCCAGAGGCGGAUUUCGAGCUGCGGUUCCGCACGGUGGGCGUCGUACCUGUCAAGCCCCACGAUACGCUCAACUCAGCCGACCGUGUGCAAGCCGUCGGAGCGUUCGACAUGAGGCCACACGCCGAAUGCCCGACAUACGAGCACGAGAGGGAGAGCGUGGAGCGGUACCCGCCGGGAAGACGGCUCGAGCGGAUCGCCAUUGGAAGCGGCAACGCGUGCAAGUACUUAGUCAACUGCGAGAAUCUCACACUCAGCGACCAGCCCGUCGGGGAGGGCGGCUACGGCUGGGUCUACAGAGGCCGAUGGCACGGCGUCGAGGUGGCGGUCAAGCGGCUGGCCCGCAAGCGGUUCGACGAGGAGAGCCGCCUGCAGUUCCGCGAGGAGGCAUCCCUGCUGGCCCGCCUCAGCCACCCGCAUGUGGUUCUGUUCAUCGGCGUGUGCCUGAGGUCGCCUGACGUGUGCAUCGUGACCGAGUGGAUGCCGCGAGGCUCGCUGCGCGACGUGCUCGAUGAUCAGACGCACGAGCUGGACUGGCCGCUGCGGCUCUCCCUGGCGAGGGGCGUGGCCCUCGGGCUGGCCUAUCUCCACUCGUUCACGCCGGCCAUCCUGCAUCUCGACCUCAACUCGUCCAACGUGCUCAUUGACGACUUGUGGAAUGCCAAGAUUGCCGACUUUGCACUGGCGCAAAUGAAGCAGGAGAACGCGACAACGAUGCCCUGGUGCGUCACACCAGCGUGGACAGCGCCCGAGAUUGUGCUGCGCGAGAGGCACACGGAGCGGGCCGACGUCUUCUCCCUGGGCGUCAUCAUGUGGGAGGUGGCCACGCGCGAGUUGCCCUUUGCCGGCGAUGAGAAUGCUCGAGUGGCGCUCCACAUCGUCGAGGGCAAGAGGCCCUCAAUUCCGGCCAACUUGCCUCCCGGCUACGCUGAUUUGAUGCAGGCUUGCUGGCACGGGGAGGCACUCCAGCGCCCAAGCGCUGAGCAGGUGGCCCACAUGCUGGCGCCCCUCCUCUUGGUGUGA